CACCAAUAUCACACUCACUCCACACUCUUCUCACACUACUCGUUUGACUCAUAGAUGUCGUGCCCCACCCACUUCCUUAUCUCCAAUCGCUUUUGUGCAUCGGACUCCCACUGCAAAAUGUCCUUACGUUAUCUGUACAACUCCACUAAUUCACCGUCCAUAAUCUCACUAUCGUAACUAAUACCUUAAUUAAUAUUGCUGACUAUAUAACUUACUAUCAUUAUCUUAGUAUAGUCUCAAAUUUACCGACAUAUUACUGGUUACUGAUUACUAAUUACAAACUAUUAACUAUUGACUCACUAACAAUUCCUGCCUGCCCCAAUUGUUCUUUUUCUUUUUUUGCUCCCUAACCGUUGUGGAACACUGAAUAAUCCACAGUACGAUCCUCACUAUUAUAGUGAAUAAUUGAUUGACUAUUCACUAUUCACUAUUCAAAUUCCUCACUAAUUCAUCCUGGUUUCACUACAUGCUCCGUACCCCAUCAUGAGUUUAGGCAUCCACACUCAGGAUACUCCCUUUUACCCUAAGGACUCUGCCUCCACUGAUUUGAUCUCUCCUUCUAAACAUUCUACAACAACUAGAAAUCUGGUUCAGAAUGGUCUGACGGUACAUUCAAAUUAUUCUCAAAAUCAUCAAUCUCAUCUGCUGCAACUGCAACAACGUCCUCGUACUACAUCAUCUGAUCUGGAUGUAAAUUCAUUUGAUUUUUCAGCUUUAAGUGCUCAAUUACCCCCUAAUACUGGACCUCCAGGUACGGUUCCAGUAACUAAUGGAAGUGGUAGUGGGAAUACUUCAAGUAAAAAUCUUAGUCAUGUACCUUGUAAAUUUUAUAAACAAGGUAUUUGUCAAGCUGGAAAUUCUUGUCCAUUUUCUCAUAAUUUAGAUGGAAGUUUAGCUGCUGAUAAAUUACCCUGUAAAUAUUUUCAAAAGGGUAAUUGUAAGUUUGGUCUAAAAUGUGCUUUAGCUCAUUUUAUGCCCGAUGGUUCUAAAGUCAUUCCUAAGAAUUUAUUAUCUAAUUCAAAUUCAAAUUCAAAUUCAAAUUCUAAUGGUAAUAAUCAUGGAAAUAAUCAUCAUUCUAAUAAUAACAGUAAUGGUAAUCGUCUUUCUUUUAGUUAUUCUACCAAUUCCAAUAAUGAUAAUACUACUAAUCAUCAUGGUAUAAGUCGUCAUAGUUCAUAUCUGCAAUCCAACGUUAGUACGGUAAUUACUCCUUCUACUUCAGAACCUAUUGAUAUUGGUUUAAGACAUAAUAGUAGUACAAGUACUAGUUAUAAUACUAAUAUAUCUCCUUCUUAUCACUCGUAUGGUGGACAGAACAAUAAUGUCGCUAAUUUCGUCAAUAUUGGUAGUAAUGGAACCCAUUUGCACCAGCAAGUGAUUCAGCAACAACAGCCACUCCAACAGGUUCAAGUUAGUCGUUAUCAGCAAUUACAACAACAACAGCAGCAACAACAACAACAUCAUCAACAACAACAGCAGCAACAGCUUCAACAACAACAAAAUGUACUUCCCCAUUCGUCUUCUUUUGACUCUAACUAUAUCAGCAACAGUACGAGCUUAAACUUUGGUGCUGGCUCAUAUAGUUCAGGAUUGGGAUAUAGUAGUACCAAUAAUGCUUCAUUCUCAACUCCAACGUAUCAGUAUCAACAGACUAAUGUUCCUAAUCAAUCGCAGGCUACUUUAGGUCAGAAUUCUCAUUUGUUCAGAUCUCAAUCCACAAAUACUCCUAUAUCUUUGACUAACACAUCUCCAUCUCAACAUUCUAAUUUCUUUAGUGGAAGUGGAGGAAGUGGAGCCUCUAGUAAUACAUCAUUUGCACAGUCUCCUCAAUAUGUUUCGUCUUCCUUUGGAAAAACAUCAUUCUCAUCUCGUUUACAACAACAGCAACAACUGACUCCAUUCCAAAAUUCUUCGCCUACUUCAUAUUAUUAUCAUGGUAGUCAAGAAUCUUCAGCAAUUGCUGACGAUGAUGAGUUUGGUACUAAUGUUCAACCCAGUGCUAAUGGAUCUACGAGUCAAUUCUUUGCUGAAGAUUAUGUACCUGCUUCAUUAAGUGACAUAAUCUUAACUCCACAAGAAUUACAAAGACGUGAUUCAAGAUCGCAAAGUGGAACUUUAUUAGUUAGACCCACUUUGAAUUCCAUUUUAGGAACUGGAACUGGAAGUAUCACUGGAACUGGAACAGCAACUGCAACAGGAAAGGAUGAUUCUGAUGUAGGAAUAUUGUUACAGAACCCUCAUGCUCAUUCACAGUACUCCAAUGGAGCUUUCCGUCGCGAUAGCUCCAGUAAGGUGUCGUCGUCGUCCAAUCACGACGAUGUGUUUUUGAUGGAAUAGUGUUAAAAUAGAAAUUCGAUUAAAUUAAAUUAAAUUAAAUUAAACUAAAUUAAAUUAAAUUAUCAAAUCAAAUCAAAUCAAUAAAAUCCGGAUUAUAAAGUUGUUCAAUUAGGUCGGUAUCCCAAAAUAGCUGCAAAACCCAAAAAAAAGUCAUUGUUAGUAAAAGUCAAAAAAAAUCGUAAUCAUACGUACUGCAAUUAGAAGUUUCGUUUAGAUCGUUGUGGGUAGUAAUGUUUAAUUCGUUUCGAAUGUUGUUUAGUUCUCUGGUUCUUUGUUAUCCUCGGAUAGUGUUUAUGUUAUCUUUGUCUUCAUCUCUGUCUUUAUCUUUCUUUAUCUUUCUUUAUCUUUAUGCUUAUGCUUAUGUUUCUUUAUAUGUUUAUGUUGUCUUUGUUUACUUAUGGAUUAUGCAC